AUGGACAGUUUUAAUAGCAAUAAUAAAAACAUUGAUGAGGAGGAAAUUGAUAUUUACUCCUCCUUUACUUCAGCGGCGAAUCAAUUAACACUUUUAUAUAAGAAUAGUUUGAAUGUAAAGAAGCAAUCAUAUAUUAGGGGCUAUAGAGAUGGAUUGGAAAGUGUUUUCAAUUUUAUUAAAUCAAACAACAUAGACUCCUUAUCUUUAAUUACAGAAUUUAUUAAUAGAGAAAGGGAAAGACUAUCCAAUACAAAUAAUAAUAGUAAUAAUAGUAGUUUUAAUAAAAAUAAAAAUAAUGGUGACAAUAUAAAUAGUAGUCUCGAUUUGAAUAAUAAUAAAACUAAAGAAAUUGAAAACAAAAAUAAUAACAACAAUGGCAAUAAUAGCAAUGAUAAAAAUAAAACCAAAGCCAAUAUGGAGAUUAAUAAAAACAAUGAUAAUAGAGCAGAUAAUAGUUUAGAUGUUAGAGUAGACUCUUUUUCAUCACCUCCUUUCGGUUCUGUAAAUAAUCCUUUUGAAAAAAAUUCAACAAUGUAUAUACAACACUCCAAUCCAUUCGAAAUUUUAGCUCCACCUGCUCAGCAUUCCUCAAACACCUCUUUAGAUGGUAUUAAUAACAACAAUAAUAGCCAUUUAAAUAAAAAAAGACAUUAUCCAAAACUAGUAUUUUUUGAAAACUAUGGAAUUAAUAAUACUCCACCUCCAAAUCAUAGUCAUAGUACUCAUUUUAGUAAUAGCUUUCAUCAACAACAAAACCCACAGCUUUACAAUACUCCAGAUAUUUCUUUACCAAAUAUUAAUCCACCUGAUUUAUCAUUAGAUUUAAUUGGUGAAAAUCAUAUUUACAAAAAGAUUAAACCAUCAAAUGAUCAAAUAAUGGAUAUAUAA